CAAUAAUCAACAACAAAUGGAAUUGGAGCAGUGCAACGUGAAUGAUUGAUAAAACUAACUGCCGAAAUGUUAGAAAUGGACGUCCGAACGCAGAAAUUGGAACAACAGAGACAAAUAAUGGAGCAGAAGAUGAAGCAAAAGCGUUUAACAUCAGGCAUGAUCCAAGUUUCUGAUGUCCGGAGUGUUUCAGCUAAAACUAGGAAUACCAGUGCAAAUAGGAGAGAUUUACAUGGGUAUGAUGGGCCCCUCCAAUAUGCAAUGGGUAGUGACAAUAAUCCUGAUCAGGUUAUUUCAAUUUUACCAAGUUCUGAUAGCAUGGAUGGAACAUUAGUUGAAGACUUAACUAAUACCACCAGUGAUUUAAUGGACGUGGAAGAUGAAGAAUCAUCACCUGUGGCCUCUACUCCCAAUGAUAAUGGAAAUAUGCCCAUCAAUCCUAUUCCAGACAAGCCCAAUUUUAUACAUCAAGUUAAUGGGGCUACAGAAAUAGAGGGAGACAUAGAAGGUAAUGUAGAAAAAUUUAUCUUGCAACCUGCCCAGCUUAAGGUGCUAUACAAAUGCCGGAUUACUAGAGAUAGAAAAGGAAUGGAUAGGGGACUUUAUCCAACUUAUUAUCUACAUUUAGAAAAGGACUAUGGUAAAAAAGUAUUUCUCUUAGCUGCUAGGAAAAGAAAGAAGAGUACAACUAGUAACUAUUUGAUAUCUACAGAUCCAACUGAUUUGUCCAGAAAUGCUGAAUCAUUUGUUGGUAAACUGAGGUCAAAUUUAAUUGGUACUCAGUUCACAGUUUAUGAUAAUGGCAUGUCCCCACGUAAAGCGAACUUGAGAGAAGGGAUUGUACCUAGGCAGGAAAUGGCAUCUGUAAUCUAUGACACCAAUGUCUUAGGUUUCAAAGGUCCUAGAAAAAUGACUGUGAUUAUUCCUGGAAUGGUUGAUGAACAACGAGUCACUAUUUAUCCUCAGGAUGAUAGUGAAGGUCUGAUUGAGUCAUGGAAGGCAAAAAAUAUGGAUAAUAUAAUUGAGUUGCACAAUAAAACUCCGGUGUGGAAUGAUGAAACACAAUCAUAUGUCCUAAAUUUCCAUGGUAGAGUGACACAAGCCUCUGUAAAGAAUUUUCAAAUUGUACAUGAUAGUGAUACAGAUUAUGUGGUUAUGCAGUUUGGAAGGGUAGCUGAAGACGUUUUUACAAUGGAUUUUAGGUAUCCUCUAUGUUCGUUACAAGCUUUCGCAAUUGCUUUGAGUAGUUUUGACAGUAAGUUGGCUUGUGAAUGAGAUUGAUGAGAUUUUCCAAAUGUGCCUCGAAUAUAAUGAAGGAAUAUUGAGCUUACAUCGUGAGUUGUUCUUAGGUAGUUUUAAGAUUUUUUAUAAACUGUACACACUUUUGAAUUCUAAUGAACUUCAAUUUUUUUUAACUUAUUUCUACUUAAAAGAGGAAUUGAAUUCUAGCAUUUUGGAUGAAAUUUUAUCCUCUAGUGGAUAUUUAUUGUUUUUUUUUUGUCUAGG